AUGCACUGGAAGACGGUCAAUCAGACACAGGUUAUCGCCAACGCCUUUUACACUGACGCUCGUAAUGGUUACCCAGGAAACAUCGACGGCGGUGCGCUGCAUAACUGGCUGGGAGGCGAGCUGGUGUUUUACAUGGGCGAAAAGCCGAAGAGGUGGGAUGUUGUCGCUGCCGCUGCCGCCUCCAUCGCUCCCACCAACACAUCAACGGUGCGCGUCAACUUGGGACAUGGCACGCUUCCGCUGUCGCAUGCCGAAGGCGAUGGCGGUAAGAUUGCCGACUUGGUCGAGGGAAACCUGUACAACACAAACUUCGACAACGUCGCCAACAUCUCUUCCAACGAGGUCGCAUAUAUCAGCUGUAACCCGGGUGAUUACACGGGCUUCGACGAUGCACAGAGAGUCUUCCAGCAGGCUUACACUCAAGCCAAUAUCUCGGCCAUUAUCUUGUACAGCACCGUCUCUGACUACUGCAACUAUACGCAAGAAAGCUCGCAAACCAUAAUGGAUGAUUUCGCCGUCUACUCCAUGACAAAUGCGCAAGAUUCCGCCAAGGUAUUGGAUGCUAUCAGCAAUCUACCGACACACAUGAAGUAUUUCGUCAGAGUCAAAGGCCGCGCAGUUGAUACCGGUGGGGAUGGAAAGGGCGACCCGUACCAGACGCAGAACCCAUUGGGACCCUCGCCAUCUACAGCUGUAGCCAUGAUUAUCUUGUACAGCAUUACGGGUAUUAUUACAGCUUUGUUCCUCGUCAUCAUCAUCACCGGUGCCGUACGUGCACAUCGACACCCCGAGCGAUACGGUCCACGAAACGUGCUGGGACGGCCGCGACAGAGCAGGGCUAGAGGGCUGGGAAGAGCCAUACUCGAUACCAUUCCGAUUGUGAAGUUUGGCGAGAAAGAGCCGGAGAAACCUGCGGAUGUUGAGUUGGGGCCAGCUGGAGAAGUAACAGAUGCGGCGCAUGCGAACACCAACACUGGACUACCGAUGGGACAAGCAACGACGGGGCAGCAAGAGAACAAUACGGCCACGAUACCGAACAUCACUGUUGGCGGGGCGGAGACGACGGAAUCUACGACACGAGCUUUGGCUGAGGAACAGCAGUCUGGCAUUGCGCCCGCACAGUCUGCUGCUGCGGCUGCAGGCGCAACAGGAACCGACAACAUUUCGUCAGAUGACAGCUUAGGCUGCUCCAUCUGCACCGAAGACUUUGAGAGGGGCCAGGAUCUCCGCGUUCUACCAUGCGACCACAAAUUCCACCCCGAAUGCGUAGACCCAUGGCUUCUAAACGUAUCAGGAACCUGUCCACUAUGCCGCGUCGACCUCCGACCCGUACAAUCCCGCGACUCCUUGGACUCACAAAACAUGGAUGGCCUCGCUUCACCACUGAACCCCGAAGCCGAAACCUCGCACCGUCGUCGAACGGCAUUCCGCGAUAUCCUGUCUCUGCGCCACCGACCUAAUGCUUCGACCGAGGAACGUAUUGGCGCGUUACGACGGCUAAGAGAGCAACGCAGGAAUAACAGCGGCGAUUUGGCGGGCGAUGGGAAUGCUAGUGUGGAAGACACGAGGAGCAGGAGGAUCAGUAAUCGUCUAAGUGAUGUUUUUGCUGGUCGCACACGCAGGGAGAGGAGGGAUGAAAGUCCCACACAGGCACCCGGCGAUGGAUCGUUGAGACCAGAUGCUGGUGCUGGUGCAGGUUCACAUACACAAUGAGGCGUACACACGUAAUUGUGUGAUUUGGGUCGUAACUAUAUGAUUUCCAAGUGCAUUCUCAAGUCUGUUGUUAGCAAAAAGCUGGCUUCUCGAAUAUUUCCCAGCUUUUCCCUUGUUUUGCAUCAUUUCCGUUCUGUUGUUUAGUGUGUAGAAUACCCCCUUAUGAACAGCAUGCAUGCGCUAGAUUGGUCUUGACGUAUUUAGCGUUUAUUGGGUUGUGGGCUGUGGGCUGUGGGUGGUACAUGUAAUAAAGUGAGAUUCUAU